AUGUUCAAGCGCCAAGUUGACGAUGCUUUGGGCACUGCUCUUACAACUCCCGAAACAGAGGAAACUUGGGAUAAGAUUGCGAAAGCUAUUGAUUCCCUCGCAAAACUCUUCGAAGAUGGCAACUAUGAGGACCCAUCUGAGGGACAGGCUGUCAUGCGCACGUACUCCAGACCUAUCAUCAGCGCAAUGAAUUCGGAACGAGGAAGACUGUCGGGGCCUGCAAUCAACCUCGUCGGCGUCGCUGCGUCUAUCCUUGGCACAGACUUCGAAACAAUACUCAGCACAUACCUACCCCCGUUGCUUGUUCUUUGUGGCCGCACUAACAAGGUCGUCCUCAACCGCGCCCGGACUUGCAUUCGUUCAAUUAUAGAAAACACUCAAUUGCCCAGCAUCCUUCCUGUCCUCAUGCACGAUGCCCAAGACAAAUCAGUCACACUGCGGCUUGUCGUCGCCGAAUCCAUGCUCGCCUGCUUAUCCAUCCUCAAUCCCCCGGACCUGGAACGCGAGGUUAGGGCAAAGGAGAUCGAAUCCAGCAUCCGUUUUGCAGCCAAUGAUGCCUCUGCAGAUGUUAGGAAGGUAGGAAAGCAGUUGUUCGCGGCUUAUCAAGUUCUCCUACCUGAUAGAGUAGAGAGGUUUUCUGCUCCUUUGUCACCAACAAUCAAGAAGUGCCUAGGCAUAACGUCGAAAGCCCAAGUCCCUCGCUCACGUUCCCCCCCUCAUUCACGUCCACCGUCAUCUCGUUCCGUGCACUCUAAUCGCGAUCACCAUGAGCCUUCUGCAGCAGUUGCAAAGGGGAAAACACGCUCGACGAAGACUGAGGAGGCCCAUAGUUCACACCAGCGAUCGACGUCGACUCAUGUUUCGACACAACGGACUGUAGAGCACGCAGGUCUCUCCAAGUCGGGUCCAAGUCGGCUUAAGGCUGAGCGACCAGUAAAGGACUCGAUGCCUCCCCCAGAAUUUAUUCCCGUGCGGCCGACUGGUGCUCCAUCGAGACAGCCAUCAUCAUCCGCACUGAAUGGUUCUCGUUCCACCUCAACACGUCCCGCUCCUCAGCCAUCAAUAGCUGGGCCCUUCCGCCCGGAAAAGUCCCAACCAGCUUCCCUCAGGCUUGUCCAGACCAAGGAUUCCACAGCUGCUGAAAAACAUGCUAUGCCAAGUGGUCCACGCAGGGUGAUGCUUCCCGACCCCGACCCCGAUCCCGAGACUUUGGAAAAAGGAAAGGGGAAGUCGGCAUCCAACAACGCUGCUAGCACAUCAGCGGCCGUCACUCAAUCCGUCCCAGCUGCAAAAACGCAAUCCUUCGCUCCUCUCAAACGUACGAUGUCACGAGCGCAGCUUAAUACUAAAGUAACGGAAAAGCCGAAGCCGGUCGUAGCAGUUGCAAUAACCACAGCCUCUUCAAAAACACUCGAAAAGACUGCGAAGCUCAACAAAGCUCCCGAAUUGGCUACUACGGCGCCAUCGGCUCCCAAGAUCAAUACUGCAGCUAUCAAGGGCAAGGGUUUAACUGCGCCCACGAUAGCACAAGCCUCGAAGAUGAAGGCCGCUGUGGAAAAGAAACCUACUGCGAGCACAUCGACGACUAAGCCAACUUGGGGCGGACGCCCUGCCCCUCCGAAGAAGCCCCAACCUGCUCCUGCAACAACUAAAGCCGUCACUCGUAAGCCGCCCAUUCCCCCACGGACUGGGCAACUUCCUAGGCCAGUAAAAGUCAAUCCUACGCUAGUUCCCCUACCGCCUUCGCCAAAAGCUGGAGCCAAGAAGCUCAAGCCGAGUGUCAGCAAAGCAUCCAUCAAGGAACAACAGCCGGCCCGCACCCCUACACCAACCCUCAUUCCUCUCCCAACUUCUCCUUCCCCUGCACCAAGCCCUUCCCCGACGCCAGACGUGGAGCCCAUUGCAGAGCCUACUGACGCAGAUGAGGCAGAACUUGACGUCGAUGAAGAGGUCCCACAAUACACUACGACGGAGCAAGCCGAAGAUCCGGCCGUCGUUGAAGAAAGAGCAAGCACUCCAGCAACUCCAGAUGUAACCGAAGACGGCCUCGCCGAAUUGCAGAUUAUUCUAACCGCUAGCUCUCCCUGUUCAGACGCUCCUUCGUCCGCUGCACCUAGCACCCCGCAAACCAACCAAAAGGGCCGCCCCAUGCUAGCAGGACAAGAGAAGACCCCAAUCUCUGCUCUCCUGGCCUCCAUCCAAGAGGGAUUCAUGUUCACGCCUGGAACACCCGUGUCUCCAUCCGCGCCGUAUGUAGCUCGCGUUAAGGCCGCUGAAUUGGAUAUGGACGAGGUACUUGGAGAUCGAAGAGAUUCGUGGGCUGAGACGAGACAUGUGCUGGGCCUAGAUGACGAUGAAAUACCGUUUGGAAUCAGUGGUGUUUUCUCGAAGAGGGGGAGAGAAAGAGAGGCGCUUUCUAAUGUUGAAGUCAAUCAAUAA